GCACCAUUGCAGGGUCGUACUUAUGGACAUCAAGGUUAACAUCGAUGGAGUACUCAGAGAAGUGUGUGGGAUUAAUGAAGGAACAACAUGUGAAGAAGUGAUUUUUAAGCUUGCACAGAUUGCUAGUUUGCCUGGAUUCUAUACUCUGGUUGCCAGCUGCAAAGAUAAAGAAAUUACACUAUCUCCAGAGGAGAAAAUCAUAAAUUUCAUUAAAGAAACUAAAGAAAAUCCAUCUAACAUAUGUUUUAUUCUUCGUCGAUUGGAGGCUGUAUCUCCUUUCUCUCCGAAAAUCCCCAAAGCAUAUCCUCCUAUUCCCAAUCAUCAACCGACAAGUCGUCCUCAUCAACAGUCCUCUCGUAGUUCAUCACGACGUUCUAAUGUUCCAGUGACAUCUGAAAAUAAAGAAUUAUAUUCCUCUACUUCAUCAUCCUUACCGAUUCCAGCUCAGCAAUAUGCUAGCUCUGCAAAGCAAUCAAGAAUUUAUCGUUGUGAUCCUAGUCAUGAACUAAUUCAUUCUACCUUAGUAACCAGUGCUGCUGGUGAAGAAAAAUCAUAUCACGAUGUUGAUCAAUAUAAUCAACUUAAAGAUCAAUUGGCAUAUCAAGAACAACAAGUUGAACUCAAUCGGAUACGGUUGCUUCGAUUAGACAAGGAAAUCAAUCAUUUAGAGCAGUCAGCCCGAUUUGGUGGUAAUAACAACAAUAGUAAUAGUAAUAAAGAUGGUUAUUCUACGUUGGAUUUAUUAAGUGGAUCGGCUGUUGGUCCUGUGGCAGAAUUGGCCCAACUAGCAGCUACACCAUGGUCACAAUUAUUAGAUACAAAUCGUGCCAGACAACGUGAAUUAUUAUCAGAAUGUGAACGACAUAAAAUUGCUAUCGACCAAGUGGAUACUCAUUUAGCUAAAACAAAGUAUGUGAUUAUUUAAUACUAUUAUUAUUAUCCCGUAAGUUUUUUACCGCUAAUCAUCAUUGAACUCAUUUUAUCGGUGCCAAAGAUAAUCAACAUAUUCACAAAAACGAGCUAGGAAAAUGAGCCUAAAACCAACUACCUAGCUUUGGGGGUCGGGAUGGUGGUUAGCAGUGAUGUUAUUUGAUCCUACUCUUUACAGUACCGAUGAUCUAAUAAAUGUCAUGUCUUGUUGUAAACUAAGUGAAAUUUUCUUCGGACAUAAGUUUACAUCUUAUUUUUAGUUCUUCAAUUUGAAAAUGGUAUUCGCUUUGUGUUAGAGGAUAAAACUGAUAUAUUGAAAGGCACAAACAAUCUAGGGAUGAUCUGGUAUAAUUAGUUAUAAUCAACAAACAACCAACGGAGCCAAUGUCCAUUAACUCAAACUGCCCACUGCAUUAACUAAAUGAAAACGGCCUGGAAUAUUAGUAGUGCCGGUGAUAACGAAACUAGACAUGAAGAAUAUAGUUCAAAAGAAAUAAAAUCAAGGAAUAUAAAGUGUCAGACAAAACAUUGAAGAUAGAAAAAUAAAAUGUGCCUGCUUUUUGAGACCGAGUUUGAGCCAUGUCAUCUAAGGUUUCCUCCAACCAUUGAUCACAAUUAUCGCGUGUACUCCGACUAGGUAGUUUAAACUUACUAACACGAUUUAGACGAACAUUCACUGACUUCAUGGAAUGGUAUUGUCUUUGUCUCUUCCCCUCCCGCAGCUUUCUUCUAAUCUACUUAAACACCAGACAGCAUCGAAGUUGACAGAUGAUGAUUCAGCAUACGAAACAUUUGUCCCAGGCACCUCAGUCCAAAUAAGCUACACUUCACACAUCAGAACGACAGGAAAUUAAAGAAUUUAAUUGGUGAUCAAAACAUUAUUAUUAUUAUUCAUUUUUGCAUUGGUUGUUUGGAUCUUCUCAUUGAUGUUUAGGACGAGACGCACAUCCUGGAUUCCUCUGCUAGCCACCAUCAACUCCCCUUAUCAUUAUUAUAAUAAGCGAAUGAAAAUAAAAUAUAUGAAUUAAGAUAGUGAAUUGAAUAACCCUAUAUAGAACAAAGUGAAAAGAAGUAAGGAGACCAAUUUCCAGUGUCUUUUUACUUUCACUCGCAAGUGAAAGUCAGUUGUCGACAGUUUGGUAAACUUAUCAAAACAAUUGAAUCAAGUUCUUAGAGUAUGUAUUGUCUCCAAUUCUGAGGGAAUGAAUUACCACCUAUUUUUUGUUUUCAACAGUAUCUCAGAAAAGAACUUUAUGUAAACGAAUUUUGCUAAGGAUAUUAGGAAAACUGCUAGGUAGUGGCACAACUGUGCUUAUGGAAAAACUUAAUAAAAUAUAACAAAAAUCUCAUCAACAUCUGAAAAUACAUUUCAGACACAUUAGUGAGACUAUCAAGCGCAUCCUAAUUACACGAAUUAGUCGAUUUCAGGCCUAUAUAGUUACGUUGAUGCUCAGUAUGUAAUUAAGUCUAUAUGUCUCCCAAUGUUUAUCAUUCACUUCAUGAGCCUCUUGAUUUAAAAAACAAGUCACCAUAAUGCAUGCCAAUAGUCUAGCAUCAGAUACACAGUAACCAAUGGCACAUACUACUUCAUUUUCUGUAAAUAAUAACACCUUAAGUCGAAAAUCGAGUGGUCCCACAAACAAAGGUAAUUGAAUAUCAUUGACCCUACUUAUAGCUGCGGUCGUACUCGGAUAAAUAACUAUAUUCAAAACAACACAUAUCAAAUCUACUGACAUAGUAUUACUUAGCGACUUUUUUUAGCAAAGUUCUUUUCUACAGGACGGUGUUGCUUAGCCCAUGCUCAUUUCCCCCCUUUAUCCGGACUUGGGAUCGGCUGUAGCUCUAGAGCUGUCCCAGGCAGAGUUCCUAACACAGUAUACAUUAAUCGGAUAUCUGUCAUGUUUUAUAGUAUACAAACUAAGAAUUUCACUAGUAACUAAACCUGCUUGUCAAGGCAGAAACUAGAAUCAAUCCACAAGGUUGCAAAAAUUACCUUGUUCACCUUAAAAUUUCACUUUAAUCUACUACACCUACUACGUAAUAGGAACAUAUAACUUGAUUUUUCCUCCAUUUUCAUUGUUACAACAAAAACAGAAUGAAUUUAUCUCAACUAGAAAAUCAAAUCAGUCAAGAGUUAAAUCAAUUGCUCAAUGAAUUGGAAGGAUAUAAUCAGCAUAGAAGGUUACUACUGAAAUCAGCCGGAAGUAGUGGCUCACAACCUCGUCCUAGAACAACUAUUAAUAAUCCAUCAGAGGUGGCAAGCGAUGGUGUUGCUGUAUAAAAUAAAUGAAUUAUACUACCGUCAUAUUAUGUGCAAAUAUUUGAACAUAAACACAAUAAAUAUUAUCUCAUGUAAAUUAUCUAGUUUCAUGAAGGUACAAUCUCUUUUUAUUUUCAUGAUAAUCUUUUUUCUUAAUAUACAAUAUCCUAUGCAUAA